AUAAACCCCCGCUAUGAGAGCCAUAUCUCGCCGGAAGCAAUCAUGGUUUAGACAUCUCUUGCAAGGGCUGGUCCAGAAAACCGUAAGCCUCCUUAUCAAGUUCGGUAGGUGCACCCCCAAUUUAAGGCCGCGAUCGUAUUCAACAUGGAGGCAAAAGGAAUGUCCUACCGACAACGGUGUAACGAAAAACGACGACUCUGUACGACAGGAGUUCAACCAUAUUGUCCAAGAUCUAAUAUACAGUGGCUUUGCGGGGCUAGCCCUUUUUGGGGAAGCUGAUAAGGAGAAGGCGCUGCCGACCCAUAACAAAAUUGAGGAACUUCAUUUUUAUGGGGUUGACUUUUAUGAUGUGCAAACCCUACAAAAGCAGGGUAACUUCGAACUGGCUCUGAUGGCGGGCGGUCAGGUGGAAGUGGACUCCGACGAGGACGAAAACUUUGCGGAAUAUGACGAUUGCGGGGAGUGUGUGAGGUUCGAGGAGUGGGAGGAGGAUCGGUGAAUACACCCAACGAAAGGGAUUUCGGAGCUGGAACUUCGCUCAGCUAAGCAGGCCCCUAAGCUGUGAAGUGUGGCAACAAUGCACAGCAACAAUAGAUUUUUUUCAUUUGGCGCCAACACGAAAUAACAAUGUGGAAUCACUAGAGCAUUCUGAAGAGAGGACGUGAGGGUGGAGAAUCCAAAUCGGACCGGGGGACGCAGAGCUUGAGCAACAUCCACGGAGAGAGAAUAAGAGAGUGUGUGCUUGAAAACAUUGCAAGAUGUUUAGUUUUUAGCCGGUGCAAAAAGCAAUAGAGCGCCCGCUGAGAGCUUCCCCUCUCUCUAGAAUUUUAUUCACCUUCGAUUUGGUUUCAAAUUUGCAUUUAUGUAUGUUCAUAUUCCGAUUCCGUUUCAACCUUUCCCCCUGCCACUCCGGUACUUCCUUAUCAUCACCCACGCAAACAAGCGGCAAGUCAUACAGGGCGUAUGAAAAUAAAAACUUCGAAUAGUUUUCCCUGCUAUUCGCGGCUUUUUUCCAGUA